AUGAGUUUCUAUUUACCACCGAAUCCCCCAAUGAUUCCGGAAGCCUAUAAAGACGUUGCAUUCCCCCGAUUGUCCCCCACACCACCAACAAUGUCGGACAAGUGUCUGGUGACGCUCCAAGACACGAAGCUGAUCGCCAAAGCAGCGGUGGGACCAUCGGCGGAGGUCCUGGACUUCACCGUGACCAAGUACUCGUCGGAGAAGCUGGGCUUCCUGGGGUCCCACCGCCACCUGAAGAUCCUGGUGAAGGAGGACCAUGCCGAGGGGUCUGAACGUGAGGUCAACUGCUUCGUCAAGGCUCUGCCCCUGGACAGCCCUCUGCAGCUCCUCUACGCACAGGAAUCCAGGACCUUCGAGAAAGAAGCAGCCUUUUUCACCAAGAUCUCCCCUCUGAUGACUGCCGAUUCCACCGGGCCAACCUGGUGCCCCAGGUGUUACCUCGUCAAGGACAACGCCCUCAUCUUCGAGGAUCUUGGAGUGCAGGGGUUCAAGAUGAGGGACAAACUCUUCGACGAGGUCGUCAUCAAAUCAGGUCUGAGUGCACUGGCGAGCCUCCACUCAUCGUCCCUCAGAGCUGAAAAGCGAAUGGGAAAGCUGUUCAAGGACAUCUUCCCCGAAGAUCUCUACGAGGUGGCCUUUGUGAAAUCCGGGGAGAAGAGGAGGAAGUGGUUCCUCGCAGGGGUGAACGUGGCCAUCAGAGUGGCUGAGGACAUGAGUCUGGAUCCCUCAAAACUGCCCGAGACAUUCGACCGCAUCUUCGAGGCCAUGGAGACCUCAAAAAGCAAGAUCAAUGUCAUCAGUCAUGGCGACUUGUGGGGGAACAAUCUUCUGUUCAAUGAUGAGGAGCCCCCAGAGUGUAAAUUAGUGGACUUUCAGCUGUUCAGGUACUCCCCAGUGGGUCAUGAUCUCGCGCAGUUCCUUUACCUCUGCGCUUCCAGAGAGUUGAGGGACUCCAGAAAGGAAGAACUCCUGAGGUAUUACUGGGAUCAGCUUCUGGAGAGGGUGGGGGAUGACGUCGAGGCGAGGAACGUUCCGACGUUGGAGGAGGUCCUCCAGGGCUACGAGGAGCAGAGGAUUGCUGCCUGUUGCACAGCUGCUAUUUACUUCCCAACGGUUUUGCUGGAUGGGACCAUUGGGGCGGAGAUCAUGGAUCGAGGGGAGAGUUAUGAGCAGUACUACUUUGAGGACCGAAGGGAAGUUGUCAUGGGGAUCAUGAAGAGGGACGCUGUUUACGGGGAGAGGAUCAGAGAGACUGUCAGGGAACUCGUGGAGAUGUCGUUUAAAGUCGAGGAGUUUCCUGUUCCUUGCUGAUUCGAAGGAAAUGCCUGGAGAUUUUUUUAG